GGAGGGAAACCGGCUAUCUGUGUGGGAGCGGUGCGGUGGGUGCUUGCAGGCCAUGGGUGCUGAAACGGCCCGUGUAAAUAUCUAUCCCUGCUGUUGGCUUGUCUUCUUUUUUCUUUCUUAAGGAGUUUUCUUUAAGAUGGUUUCAUGGAGUUUUAUGGCCAGAGGUGGAGCUGAGGAGGUUUAAUGCGGAGGCUGGAUGGAAGCUGAGUGAGAGUUGCUUGGUUAAAUAAAGUCUCCUAAGGACAACAUUCUCUAAUCGCCAAAGAUGGCAGCUGCUGCAGAUGUGAAGAAUGGUUUGCAUCCACAAAAGUGUUUGUCCUCUGUGUUCAGACAUUGAUGUUCAGCAGAUCUUCUGGUUCUGCAUAGAAGGGAGAUCUGGGUGCAUAAACAUUUUUGCAAAUGUCCCUAUUUCCAUUUUCAGAAGACCUUUACUUCUGGAGAUUAAUGUUGUUUCUCACAUGGAAAUGCUUUCUAUUAAAAUGUUCUAAUGUUGUGCUCACCUUGGAAUUGUCUGGCUACUUGUCUUCAUUGUAACACUUGCAGCUCUAGCAUCAGUGCAGAUGCAACAUGCUUAACAUCCAUCUGCAGAAAAAAUAAUUUCAAGUGUUUCUCUGGAGAGACCCUGCUUUUGGGAAAUGGGAUUGUGAUAUAUGUUUUUCUCCAUUAAUCAAUGUAGGCAGUGAUAGUGCUGCAUAUCUCUCAUACACCAUAUUGGAGAUGACAGCUUACAGUAUACAUGUCUAUGUAUGACUUACUAGUAUAAGAAAUAUGUUGUUAAGCCUUGCUAAGUAUUUUUACAUUGCAUAUACAAUAUAGGAUGCUAUAAUCUUAUCAGUGGGCCUGUCAGACUGUUUGUCUAGAUGCUUUUGGUUUGUGUUUGAUUGUUCUCAAUCAACAUACUAAGGAAAAUGUCAUUUGAAGCUGGGAUUAGCGUGUUCCUGUAGUGUUUAUUCUGCCUUUCACUUGCUUUUCCCUUCAGUGCUAGAGGAGGUACUGGCUUCCAUUGAGCAUGAACUGCAAGCAGUGGAGAUGCAGAUUCAAGAGCUUGUGGAUAAGCAGCAGGAACUCAUUGAAAAGAAGAUGAGAGUAAAGAAUCUGAUAAAACAGUCCUCAGGAGACGUGGAGGCAAGUGGAAGUAAAGAAACUGAAACCUCGGCUGAGGCAUGGAACAAAAAAGAUUUUCCAUGGUAUGAGGAGAUAAAAACUGCACUGCAGGGAAAAUUUAAACUCCAGAAGUUUAGGUCCCUGCAACUUGAAACAGUAAAUGCUGCAAUGGCAGGAAAGGAUAUAUUUCUUGUCAUGCCUACAGGUGGUGGAAAAAGCCUUUGCUAUCAGUUACCAGCUGUCUGUUCUGAUGGUUUCACACUUGUGAUAUGUCCUUUGAUAUCACUUAUGGAAGAUCAACUCAUGGUUUUGGAACAGCUUGGUAUUUCUGCAGCUUUAUUAAAUGCAUCAAGCAGUAAGGAACACGUGAAGUGGGUUCAUACUGAAAUGCUGAACAGAAACUCGCAACUGAAGCUCGUUUAUGUGACCCCGGAGAAGAUUGCAAAAAGCAAAAUGUUCAUGUCAAAGCUAGAGAAAGCUUAUCAAGCAGGGCGUCUUGCUCGCAUUGCUGUAGAUGAGGUCCAUUGCUGUAGUCAAUGGGGCCAUGACUUCAGGCCUGACUACAAGUCUCUUGGUAUCUUGAAAAGACAGUUUCCCAAUGCUCCCUUGAUUGGAUUGACAGCAACUGCUACAAAUCAUGUUUUAAAGGAUGCUCAGAAAAUUUUACAUGUUCAGAAGUGCAUUACCUUUACUGCUUCUUUUAACCGGCCCAAUCUUUACUACGAGGUUCGGCAUAAGCCUUCAAAUAAUGAAGAUUUCAUUGAGGACAUAGUUAAGACCAUUAAUGGAAGAUACAAAGGACUUUCAGGAAUUGUUUACUGCUUUUCUCAGAAGGAUUCUGAGCAAGUUACUGUGAGCCUGCAGAAACUGGGAAUCAAGGCAGGAACUUACCAUGCAAACAUGGAUGCUAAAUAUAAGACCAAAGUUCAUAAAGGAUGGGCAGCAAAUCAAAUCCAGGUGGUAGUGGCGACUGUUGCUUUUGGCAUGGGAAUUGAUAAACCUGAUGUGAGGUUUGUAAUUCAUCAUUCUAUGAGUAAAUCCAUGGAGAACUACUACCAAGAGAGUGGACGUGCAGGUAGAGAUGACCAAAAAGCUGACUGCAUUUUGUAUUAUGGGUUUGGAGAUAUAUUCAGAAUCAGCUCAAUGGUAGUGAUGGAAAACGUAGGGCAAGAGAAGCUGUAUGAUAUGGUGUCUUACUGCCAGAAUAUGAACAAGUGUCGCCGAGUCCUCAUAGCCCGUCAUUUUGAUGAAGUAUGGGAUUCUGCGAACUGCAACAGAAUGUGUGACAACUGCUGUAGGGAGAACUCAUGUGAGAAGAUGGAUAUAACAGGAUACUGCAGGGAUCUAAUCAAGAUACUGGAGCAAGCUGAAAACAUGAGUGAGAAACUCACGCCACUGAAGUUAAUCGAUGCGUGGUCUGGGAAAGGUGUAUCAAAACUCAGGGUGGCUGAAGUUACUCCACCAAAGCACCCUCGAGAGGAGCUGGAGAGAAUUAUUGCUCAUUUACUCCUGCAGCAGUAUCUGAAGGAAGACUUCAGCUUCACAGCAUUUGCUACAAUAUCCUACCUGAAGAUAGGACCAAAAGCAGGUCUGCUGAAAAAUGACGGACACAUCAUAACUAUAGAAGGGAUAAUAAACAAGAAAAGCGUUCACAAGGACAAACCAUCUCAGUCUUCGAAUUCAAAAGGACGCAGAGAAAAUGCCCAGACUGUUUCAAAGACUGUCCAAGAUUCAGUUGUGAAGAAGUCACAGGAACAUAAACGGCCUAACUCUGGUCCUAACUUAAAAGCAAAGAAGCUUAAACUUCAGGCAGGUGGAGAUGACCAACCAGUAGUUCUUGACUGAGUUUCACAGACUACAUUUAGGAUCUAAUCGUGUUUGUUUCUCCAUGGACAAUGCAGUGUGUAAGUUCAUUUUGUGUUUUAGUAAUGGUAUGGAAUUUUUUGCAUUUUUUUAAUAAAAACCAGGGAAACAAGUAUAACUCUCAAAUCUAGAAGAACUCUAGUUGUCAAGGGAAAAAUGCUUCAUAUCUAAAUAACUGGUGUAUAUUUUAUGAUACAGCAAUGACUACAAAAUGUAAAUAAUUACUGUGUUGCCUUUUUAACUCUUUUGGAAAUAUAUUGUGUGGUUCUGCAAUAUUCUACUAUACAGGCUGGAAGGGACUUGAGAUCAUCUAGUUCAGCCACCUAUUUAAAGCAGCUCCAGUUGAAACAGGGUGCUCAGGGCUGUGUCCAGUUCAGUUUUGACUGUUCCAAAAGUUGGAUAUUCCACAGUCUCUGUCAGUACCUGUUCCCAGUGUUUGACCAUCUUCACGACCAAAAGAAAAAGGGACAUUUCUUAGAGCUAAAUAUUUUUUUUUCCUUUGUUACAACUUGUCUGUUGCCUCUUGCCCUCCCACUGUGCUCUUUUGCGAGGGGUCUGGCCCCAGUGCUGUUAUGCUCUUCCAUUAGGUUGUUAAAGACAACAGCAAGAUUGCAACAAUCACUCCCCUUCCUCUUGGUUUUCUUCUUUUUUAAUCUGGAAGAAAUCCAGUUUUCUGUUUCUCCUCUCUUAAGCCCCUGAUUCUCUCUGAGCACCUAGGCAGAUUGGUAGCCCUCUGACAGACUCAACCCAGUCUAACUGUGUGUUUCUUUCACUGGGAAGUGCAGAACUUAACCCAGCACUGUAGCUGUGACCUUGCUGGUGCUGAAUACCCAGGAAGAGUCUUUCCCCCAAAUUGCUGGUUACGCUCUUGCUGAUACAGUCUACUAUGCAGUUGUCCUCUGUGCUGCAGAGGCAUGCUGCUGAUUCAUGUUCAGCUUGUUAUCUACCUGGAAGUACCUUUUCCGCAAAGGUACUUUCUAACCAGUCUGGCCCCAGCCUGUGCUGUUGCAUGGUGUUAGUCCAUCCCAGCUGCAGGUCUUUAUUGUGCCUUCAACUUAGAGGUCCCUGUCAGCCCAUCUGUCCAGUCUGUCUAGGUCCUUCAGACUAGCAGCCCUGCCCUCCAGUGUAUCAAAAGCUCUCCCAGCUCCGGUAUUGUUGGCUGACUGGCUGGAGCACACUCCAUCCCCAUACCUAGAUUGUGAGUGAAGACUGUAAACUGUAUUGGCCCCAGUACUGAUCUGAGUGUUGCCACUAGUAAAUAGCCACCCGGUGGACUCCAUAUCACUGAUCCCAACCCUUCGAACCAGGAAGUCCAGACAACUUUCCACCUCCCUUGUUGUACAUUUCUCCAGUCUGUAUCUCACUGAUAUAAUUUCCUUGCAGCUAAAAUAGGAGAUCAGGUCAAAAGCCUUGCUAAAAAAUCAAGGUAUAGAAUAUCCAUUGCUACCCUUUUAUUCACAUAGGCAGUUAGCUCAGUCUGGUUGAUCAGUUAUGAUUUGCUUCUGGUAGAUCUAUCUGGCUGUUCCAAAUCACCUCCGUGUGUCUGAAAAUGUCUUCUGAGAGUAUUUGCUCCUUAAGUUUUCUGGGACAUGGGAUAAAGCUCACUGGCAUGUUACUCCUUAGACCCUCCUUUUUGAACACAGGUGAGAUAUUUGCCUUUUCCCAGUCAUCAGGAAUGUCCCACAGUCUCAAAGUCCUUUCAGAAAUUAUAGUCUUGCACUGACCUCUACUACCUUUCUCAGUACUUCUCAGUAUAGCCCAUCCAGUCCUGUGGAUUUGUGUUCAGGAAAUUGGCUUAAGUGAUCUGUAACUCCAGCUUCCUUUACUGCUUUACUCCCACAGACUGUUAGUAGGCUUGGGGACCUGGGGGGUCUGAGGGCAAGCCUUACCAGUGAAAAUGAGGCAAAAAAUGGGUUGAGUACUUCAGUUUUAUCCAUGUCCCGUGUGACUAGUUCCCCUACCCUCUGAGCAGGAGACCAUGCUUUCAUUACCCUUUCUUUGCUGCUUGAGGUACUUACAGAAGCUCUUCUUACAGCUCUUCACAUCCUUUGCUAGUUCCAGCUUCCACUAAGCUCUUACCUUUCUAACUCCCUCCCUGCAUGCUCACACAGCGUCUCUAUUUGUCGCAUGUACCUUCUUCCAUUAUCUAUCGGCUUUUUCUUGUGUUUGAGCCAGCUGAGGAGUUCUCUGUUCACCAUGUUGGCCUUCUGACACCCUUUCUUGAGCUUCUGCACAUAGGAAUAGACUGUUUGUGUUUUGAGGAGGUUCCAGUUUGGGAAUCAAGCAGCUCUCCUCAGCCCCUUUGCCUUCCAGGGCAGCCUUCCUGGGAUCCUGACAAAUCCCUGAAAAAGCCAAAAUCUGCUCUCCUGAGGUCCAAGACAGUGGUUCUACUGUGUCUUCCUAAUUUUUCUGUUGAGUUUGAAAUUCUGAAUCACCCAGUCACUGAGCAGCAUCUGAGAUCUGAGCACCCAGUAAGAAACAAACCUGCUGAUGUCUCCACUCCCCCCAGGAGGGAUUCUCUGGUAUCUCUCAUCUUCCUUUUUCUUUAUUGUGUGAACCCUUGGCUCAGGCUCAGCUGGCAUCGAUGCCUCCCUUGGUGGAAUCAUCAUCCUCAUCUUUCUUGGGGCACUGUACCUAACCUGCAGUGGGUGGAGAAUUUCUGUGUUGCUGGAAGCAAGAGGUUUCGAGCCUUCCCUCCUGUAGGAGCCUGAAUCCCCAGCUCCUGUGAGGGUAGUCUCAAGGUUUUCCCUCCUUUGCAGCACAGGACUCAGGUGAGCCUUAGCUCCUCAGAGUCUCUGUGAAGACCCUGUCAUCUCCUGUGCCUCCUCCUGAUUGCUACACAGGCUCCUCGCCUCCUCCUGCCGCUCCUUCAAACAGCAACUCAGCGCUGCAGCCAGGGCACAGCUCCCACCGGGGAGACAUCAAACAUCCAGAGACCUGGGCGGCUGCAGCACCCCUCCUCUGGAGCCAUGUGUGGUCAAAGCCUCUGCUGCACCGUGGACAGUUCUUCCAGCUCAGUGCAUGCCACCAUCACUGCAGUUUUGAGCAGAGAGAUGUGGCCUGCUUCUGCAAUACUUAUACCUACUACUGCGUAUUUGAGUACUUAAGGGUACUUUAAAGAAUUUCAACUGGGCAUUGUUAAAACAUUGCACUACUUCUGAGUUGUAGACAAUUUUGUGAAAUAUUGUAUGUAUUUCUCUCUUUAAAAAGUGUGUUGCUCUUAGAACUGGAUUUCUCUAACUUGUUAU